GCAGCUCCCUCACUUGCCUCCUUCUUUUCUCUCUUGUCCAUUCCAGCCCCUAGCACCUGGCCCAGGAUCUCCUCAGUCCUCAGCCCAUCAGCAAAAUGAUGGCUAUGGGUCUCCUGUGGAUGGGGCUAGCCUUGCUCCAGGCCCUAGAGACCCAGGCCCAGAUGGAAGACAUCCACCAGGAUAUCCCUCUUCAGCCAGGCUUCCAAGAGGACAAGUUUGUAGGAACGUGGUACAGUGUGGGAUUGGCCUCCACCUUCCCCUGGUUCCUGAAAAAGAAAGCUGAGCUGACGAUGUGCAAGUCAGUCCUGACUCCAGAAGCUGAUGGAACAGUCAACCUCACUGCUACCUUCAUCAGUAACAACCAGUGUGAAUCCCGAACGUCACUUCUGAGGAAGACUGAGGAGCCAGGACACUAUGUUUAUAAAAGCAUCAAGUGGGGCAGUGAACAUAACGUCUUCGUGGUGGAAACCAACUAUGAAGAGUACGCCCUGCUGUACACCAGUAAAACCAAAGGCAAUAGUAACUUCAACAUGGCAACUCUCUACAGUAGAACCAAGGAUGUGAAAACUGAGCUGAAGGAGAGGUUCAUCAGGUUUGCCAAGUCCCAUGGCUUCACAGAAGACACCAUUGUCAUCCUGCCUAAAACUGAUCAUUGUAUCGAUGAAAAAUAAGCCCUGCACAUGCCUCCAUGAGCCACACCUCUUCCUCCACCUUGGACUUCAGGCUCUUCUCUGGAAAGUCUCAGCUCCAUGGCCCCCUGACAGGCAGGAUCCUUCUGCCUGGUGCCACCCCCAGCUUUGCGCUUCCGUAUUUGCCCCAUCAAAUAAAUAAGUGGAAUUAUCUC